AUGGCUGAGGAAGCAAAACCAGUAAGGGACUAUGAUGUCCCAUCUGUGGUGGCAUCACCAUCGAGCAUUCGUCGUCCAACCAUUGAUGCCAAUAAUUUUGAAAUCAGACCAGCCAUAAUUUCAAUGAUUCAGCAAUCCUCCAUCUUUUGUGGUUUACCUCAAGAAGACCCUAAUAGCCAUAUCUCUAAUUUCUUGGAGAUAUGCGACACAUUUAAGUGCAAUGGAGCUACCAACGAUCCUGUUCGCUUAAGGCUUUUUCCUUUCUCAUUAAAGGAAAAGGCAAAGUCAUGGUUGAAUUCUCAACCACCUAAUUCGAUUACUACAUGGGAUGACUUGGCCAAUAAAUUUUUAGCUAAAUUCUUUCCUCCUGCAAAGAUUGCGAAACUCAGGAAUGACAUGAUGUCAUUUGCUCAGAAUGACAUGGAACCUUUUUAUGAAGCAUGGGACAGAUACAAGGAUAUGCUAAGGAAGUGCCCACAUCAUGCCCUACCUACUUGGAUGCAAGUUCAAGCGUUCUACAAUGGUUUGAACAAUACAAGCAAAACAACAAUUGAUGCUGCAGCCGGAGGAGCUUUGAUGGGAAAAACAGAAACUGAAGCGUAUAACUUGCUGGAAGAGAUGGCGUCAAAUAACUAUCAAUGGCCUAGUGAGAGAUCAACACCAAAGAAAGCUGGAAUUCAUGAGAUUGACGCCAUAUCUGCGUUAACUGCACAAAUUUCUACUAUGUCUAAACAACUUGGUACUUUAAAUGUUAAUGCUAUUCAGUCUACUAAUUUAAGUUGUGAAUUUUGUGCAGGACCUCAUCAUGGCAAUGAGUGUGGAGCUAGUCCAUUCACAUCACCAUCUGAACAAGUGAACCAAGUCUCUGAUUUUAAUCGACAACGGAAUAAUCCUUACUCCAACACUUAUAACCCAGGAUGGAAGAACCAUCCGAAUUUUUCAUGGAGUAAUAACCAAAAUGUACAGGGACCUCCACCUGGUUUCACACCUCAAGAAAAGAAGCAUGGAUUGGAUGAUAUAAUUACUCAACUUGCUGGAAAUGUCAACACUCUUUCUGUCAAUACAAAUCAAUUUAUGAGCAAAACCGAGACGACCCUUCAGAACCAAGCUGCCUCUAUUCGAAACUUGGAGGUUCAGAUGGGCCAGCUAGCUAAUGUAUUGACAGGAAGAGUAAAUGGGGCUUUGCCAAGCCAAACAGAGAUUAAUCCGAAAAACCAAGAACAUACGAAGGCGUUAACUCUUCGGAAUGGGAGGCCAAUAAAAACAGCAGUAGACUUGGAUGAAGAAAAGAAUAUCCAGCAACAAACUGCAGAGACAACAGAAAUUACUAACGUGCCGUCGUCGUCGUCUAUCACUGCUGGAACUGCUGCACAACUUGAUGAAAUUUCUCCAGAAAUUGAACAUGCUAUUGUAGAGAAAUUAUCUCAACCUGCUGCCCUUGUAAAGCCAUAUGUACCGCCAAUUCCAUUCCCUCAACGUCUUAGAAAAAACAAAGUGGAUGCCCAAUUUUCGAAAUUUCUUGAUAUCUUCAAGAAAUUACAAAUAAAUAUUCCUUUUGCCGAUGCUUUGGAGCAAAUGCCGAGUUAUGCCAAAUUCAUGAAGGAUAUUAUAUCAAAGAAGAGGAAAUUGGGCGAACAUGAGAUAGUGAAAUUAUCCGAAGAAUGCAGUGCUAUUUUGCAGAGGAAGCUACCACCUAAGCUAAAGGAUCUAGGGAGUUUUACUAUACCUUGCACUAUUGGAACCAUUUACUUUGAAAAAGCUUUAUGUGAUUUAGGAUCCAGUAUUAAUCUAAUGCCUUCUUCUGUUGCUAAACAUAUUGGGUUGGGGGUAAUUAACCCAACCACUGUUUCUUUGCAGAUGGCGGACAGGUCCAUAACAUAUCCCAGAGGCAUAAUUGAGGAUGUGUUAGUCAAAGUUGAUAAGCUCAUUUUUCCAACAGAUUUUUUGAUUUUAGACAUGGAAGAAGAUGCCGAAACCCCUAUUAUCUUAGGCCGCCCCUUUCUAAAAAUCGGGAAGACAUUAAUUGAUGUGGACAAAGGUUUAUUAAUUUUGCGAGUGGCUGAUGAGCAGGUGACCUUCAAUGUCUUUGAAGCAACAAAGUACCCAGUGGAAGUAGACUCUUGCUUCCGAGUGGAUAUAGUGGAAAAAGUUGUCUCUGAAAAAUUUAAAGAAGAACAUCCAUGUGAUCCAUUGGAGGCUUGCCUUGUGCAUUCUGUUACUACUGAGCAUGAGGAUCCUAAAAUUUCUGAGAUGGUGUACUUUUUGGAAGCAAUGAAACUGCGUCCCCCUGGAAGGUGA